CAGCAUGGAGGUCAGAGCUCUGUGCAUCAAACUGUUUAUGACUCUUGUGGUCCUUUGUGCACAUGGUCAGAAAGUUGAUGCAGUGUCCUUUCGAAUCAGUCCAAACAGACUGCAGUUCUUUGAAUAUGAAGCAGUAACAUUUUACUGUGAUGGGGUCAUUUAUUGUCAAGUUGUUCAUAAAUUCAAAGGGAAAAUAAAAUCAUGUAGCAAAGCUAACAUGAAAACACCAACAGGAUCAUACUGCACCAUUUCAAAUGUUUAUCCAGAGGACAGUGGGGAGUACUGGUGUGAGACUGAAGGAGGGAACAGAAGCAACAAAAUCAACAUCACUGUCACUGUUGGUUCUGUGAUCCUGGAGAGUCCUGCCAUUCCUGUAAUAGAGGAAGGAAAUGUGACUCUGUGGUGCAGAAACAAGACGGCUUCUUCCAACUUCACAACUGAUUUCUAUAAAUAUGGACAUCCCGUCCAUAAUAGCUCCACAGGAAACAUGACCAUCCACAGAGUUUCCAAGUCUGAUGAAGGACUUUACAAGUGCAGCAUUUCAGGAGUUGGAGAAUCAUCAGAGAGCUGGCUCAGUGUCAGAGCAACUAAUCCAGACAUUUGCAAUGAUACAAGACCUUCCACCUGUGAUGCCACACCUUGGAUCAUUUCCACAACUGUAUUCGGUUCACUGAUGUUGGUGGUGGGACUGUAUCACUUGGGCAAAUGUUGCUGGAAGAGAGUCAAUGGUUCAGGCUCCCCCGACGAUCAAACAGUUUCCACAGCAGCCACUAUUGAGAAUCCAGUCAGAGAAAUGUAUGCUGUUAUAAGAAAAAAAAACAGGAAGAAGAAAGAUUUCCCCAGACCUGGUGGUGGACGCUCCCGUGUGAUUUCUGUGUACGGCAGCGUGAGUCGAGAUCUGGAUGAGAGUGGCUGAAGAGGAGUGGUGGUGAUUGUGCUGUGUGUGGAUUUCCUUCCCUCUUCCCCCUGGACCCUAGCUGUGUAUAUAUAUAUAGAUAGAUAGAUAGAUAUGUAUAUCACUGUGGUUUACCCUUUUUCUAAAUAAACUGUCACCUUUCUGCUUACCAGGACUCGUUCUGUGUGUGAGACUGUCCAUUAGCAAUGACACCUAUGCUGAGGCUAGCAAGGAGCAGGCCCAUCCCUCCACCCAUACCCGCUUCUCGGGUGGGGACAGCUGGUGUUUAGCCAGUCUUA